AUGGCUGACGCAGAGUGUGUCGCAGCGAGCUGCUGCAAGGCCUUUUCGUGCAGGCCGGACGAGAGCUUACUGGACAUUGUGCGGCGGGCGCAGCGAACGCCGCUGUGGACCCAUCUGGAGGCGGUGGACGAGGUGCUGGCCGACGCGCCGCUGGUGGGCGGCUCGGUGUUGGAGGUGUACGGCGAGGCCGGGAGCGGCAAGACACAGCUGGUGUACAACAUGCUGUGUGCAGUGGUCAUGCCCGAGGCCUGGGACGGGGUGCCGAUGCAUGGCCGCGGUGAGCGGGCGGCGGUCGUCGACACGUCGCUCAAGUUCAAGACCCGAGUGCUGGCGCGGAUGCUGGCGGCCCGCUUCGAGCUGGCGCUUGCAGACGCCGGGCGCGAGCCGCUUCCUGACGAGGCGACGGCGUUUGCGGCGGCUUGCCUCGGGCAUCUGGUCAUCUACCGGCCGCGUAGCGCGGGCGAGCUGGAGCUGACGCUGGCGGCGCUGCUAACGGGUGUGACCGACGAGCCGCCAGCAGCGCAGGGCGCGCUUCCGCUGGCGCUUGUGGCACUCGACGAUGUUGCGCCGUUCUUUUGGCAAGGGCGGGCGGGCGUCGAUGGGGCGGCCCGGGUCAACGAGAGUCUGCAUCGGUGGGUAGCCGCGCUCCUAGCAGCGUCGCGGGUGCUGGUGGUGGUGGCGGUCAAGCCGGCGUUGUUUGCGCCUGCAGACGAGGCGGCAACCCAGCACUCGGAGUACAUGCCGCGCGGCUGGCAGGCGCUGGUCACCCACCGGUUAGUCCUCGCGCCCGUGGCCGGAUCAGCGAGCCUCAAGUGGGCUCACUUUCACUGCCCGCCAGCCGAUCCGAUGCAGUUUGUCGUCACGCAGGCGACGCUGGUGUUUGAGGCCAAGGCCGCAGCCUCUACUCCCGCCCGGGCGGGCCGGGCGUCGCACGGCCAGCGGGCGUCGCACGGCCAGCGGGCGUCGCACGGCCAGCGGGCGUCGUAUGGCCAGCGGGCGCACUCGCGCCAGACCCGAGCUGUGGCCCACGACCCCGUGCGGCGGCUGCGACGGGCAACCGGGCGCGACGACGUUUCGCUGGUGGUGGUGUUUGGCGACGGCUCUGGCUCCGGCUCCGGCUCUGGCUCCGGCUCGUGCUCCAACGUGUACUCGUACUCGGACGAGUCGGCCUCGCCGUACUCGCCCGAGCCUGCUCUGCCUGGGAGCUUCCGCGAGCUGGCAGCGGCGGCGGCGGCGGCGGCGGUGGCCGCAGUGGCCGAGCUGCCGUGGCCAGGUAUGGAGCUCAGUGCCGGAGAGCGACGGCGGGCAAGCAGAGACGCCAGUGUGGUGGCGUCGGCGGCGUCGGUGUCGGCGUCGGCAGCGUCGCCGACGGCGGCGUCGCCGACGGCGGCGCUCUCACUCGAGCCGAGCCUCUCGCUCGAUCUGCUGCAAGUCGAGUCAAACAGUGAGCAGAGUCCGGCGGCGGCCGAGGCGGACGACAGCAGGCGGCGGAUGUCGCGGUCGGCGUCGCUCAAGAUGGAGCACCGCGACGUGUCACGGCUCUUGCACCAGGUCUCGACACUGACGAUGAAGAUCUCGGUGAUGGAGGAGCGGGCCAAGCGACGCGAGCUCGAGCAUGCGGCGAUCAGCGCGCAAAUAUGGCAGGAGACUGAGUCGCGGCGAGCAGCGCUCGAGCACGAGUACAAGCUCGCGCUGCAGCGCGAGCGUGACCAGGCGCGGCGACACUCGGUCAUCGAGACCGCGCAGCGAAAGCGCGACAUCCAGUCGCUGCUGCACAAGGUCAACAUGGUGACGCUGGAAAAGCAGCAUGUCGAGUCGCUGCUGAGCCAGGAGCGUGAGCAGACGGCCCGGCUGCUGCACCGCGUCAACACGCUUGCGGUCCACAACGAGCUGCUCCAGGAGCAGGCGGCGCAUCCGGUUGUCCCGGCCCGCGACGAGUCCGAGUCACUCCGUGCCACUGUCGCCGCACUGCGCGAGGAGCUCGAGGCGUCGCGCGAGCGCGGCGCCGCCGCCGAGGCCAAGGUUGCUGAGCUCGAGAGCAAGCUCCGGGUGAGAGAGUCCGGGACGCCGGCGGCCGUCGACCCGCACGACGCGCCCGAGACCGUCGACCUCACCGCCAUCCGGCGCGAGGUGGAAGAGCAACUGGGGCGGAAGGACGAGGAGAUCGAGCGCAUGCGCGCGGCACACGCCAGUGAAAUGCAGCACCUCCGCGACGAGCACGCGCAGGUCAUCGCCGCUAUGCAUGCCGAGUCUGAGCUACGGAUGCACGAGGUCGAGGCACUCAUCGACGACAUCCGCGCCGCCGACUGCUCGUUUGACGGCGGUGAGUCGCGCCGCCGGUCGGCGUCUGAGACCCCGUCGUCGGCCUUUCGCACGUCGGCUCACCGCGAGUCGCCGGCGGCGCGCACCUCGUUUGGCGGCGCCGCCGCGACCGGGUUUGGCGGCCGCGAUGGCAGCCCUGUGCUGUACGACGACGAGGCCGACUAUGAGCUCGACAACGAUUUGCUGAUGUACAACCCGUCGGAUGACGAGAGGGGGAAGGAGUGAAAAGACGAGGCUGUAACAGCUGUGUGGACAAGGUAAAGAGCUGGCAAAAAAG